CCGUCUGAUUCGCCUAUUCUCAUCUUAGAACUGGCGGCAACCACCAAAAACCCAGAAAACCCCUUCACUAUAAGCAAAGACCUCCGUCUUGCAGGUCCAUUCUUCCUCCGAAUCUCCAAAACAUAGACGGAAGACAGUGAAGAAGAUGCCUUCUUGCCUCCUCCUCAAGUCCAAUGGCGACAGAAAUCUUAGAGUUUUUCGCCGCAGCUCUGAGCUCCACCAAGCCUCCCAACGCGGCAGCUUGCAACCUCCAACUCAUCCGCCUCGUUGGGUCCGGCAUCGGAGUCCUCGCUCUAAAGCUCCUCCCAGUUUUCAUCGCCCAUGGUAUCCGCCCUCAACUUCCUUCCGUCAACUCCGUCGUCGCAUUUCUAUGCCGCCUCAGCCAGCCCCACGCUGCCGAACGUUUCGUCGCCUCCCUGCCCGCUCUCGGUUGUUCUCCCGACCUCGUCACUCUCAACUCCCUCAUCGACGGCCACUGCCGUGAUGGAAAUCUCUUCCGGGCGUCUCUCUUAGUGCUCAGCCUCCGGUCCUUCGGCCCACGGCCUGAUGCCAUCACGUACAACACCAUGAUGGGCUCCGUGUUCAAGCAUAGGAUGCCAAGAUUUGCGCUUGGAUAUUUGGGGUUGAUGUGGAAGUCCCGUUUAACCAACGUGGUCACGUAUGGGAUCCUUAUCGACAUGUUCUGCAAGCUGGGCAAUCUGGAUUCUGCCCAAUCUGCACUGGAUGACAUGACAAUUUCUGAAAUUUCUCCAAACGUCGUUAUCUUUACGUGUUUGAUUGACGGAUACUGCAAGAAUGGUUGUUUGGAUUCUGCACUCAAGCUAUUCGACGGAAUGCUGGAACUGGCACAGUUUCCAAAUGUUGUUACUUGUACUGCUCUGAUUGAUGGGCUCUGUAAAAAAGGAAUGAUGGAGAGAGCAGCGCAGGUUUUUGGAAAGGUGCACAAGGAAGGGAUUGAAGCAAAUGCUGUGAUUUAUACUUCAAUGAUGGAUGGGCACUUCAAGAAAGGUGAUUCAGGAGCUGCAAUGAGAUAUUUGAGUAGAAUGCGAGUCACUGGAUUGAAGCUUGAUAUGAAGGGUUAUGGAGUUGCUAUAUCGGGACUUUGUAGUUGUGGCAGGUUGGAUGAAGCGAUUGAGAUGAGAAAGGAGAUGGAAGAUAGCGGCCUUUUUCCAGAUAAUAUUAUAAUGACUGCUCUGAUGGAUGCUUGUUUCAAGACCAGGAAUUUGAAGAAGGCUUUGAAUUUGUAUGGAGAGAUGUUAGCGAGAAAGUUACAGCCCGAUGUGUUUACCGUUGCAGCACUAUUGGAUGGCCUCUGCAAGCAUGGGCUUUUAGAGCAAGCAAAAGAGCAUUUUUUGAAAGCUAGAGAAUUCAACGAGGUUUCUUACUCAAUUCUCAUUGAUGGGCUGUGCAAGAAAGGAGAUAGAAGUGAGGCUGAGAAGGCAUUUUUAGAGAUGGAAGUGGUUGGUUUGGUUCCAGACAAGUACAGCUACACAUCACUGAUUGCCCGAUUUUGCAAAGAUGGCGAUGUUUUCGAAGCUUUCAAACUGCACAAAACAAUGCAUCUGAAAGGAGCAGAGUCUGACCUGCUUACAUACAGUACUCUUAUCUGGGGCCUGGCCUGCAAAGGACUUAUGAUAGAAGCAAGAGAGGUCUUUGAUGAUAUGGUGCGAUGUGGAAUAGCUCCUGAUGUGGUUGUUUAUGAAAUCCUGGCUAGAGGCUACCUUAAGCAGAAUGACACUAGUUCAAUCUUGAAUUUACGGGAACAAAUGAAGAAAAGUGGUCUGGUCAAAGAGGAUAUUGAGUCAUACAAGUUUAAGAGCUGUCCAAAUGGAUAGCUUACUUAUUUCACAUGGUCAUAGUAGUAAGUGUGCAUUAUGAUAGAGAGCAUUUCAUUUGUUCGAAAUGAUCAAUUAUAUCAUUUGCUAUCUUCUUGAACUAGUUUGAAGACAUUGUCAAGUAAGAUAUGCUGCUCCAAAGAAGGCUUUAUGCGUUCAUCCAGUGUUUUGAAUUUUGUUGCAAAUAUUAUCUCCAAGGUAUGCUAUUGUGUGCCUUUUGCGAGGAUACAUGCAUUAUGCUCUGACAUCAUUCUUUAAUCACAGACAACAUUCCAAUUGUACAACAUUUACAUAAUAUGCAAACUUUUGACUCAUUUA